GAACGUGGGAGACACAGUGCUGCGCUUGGAGGACAAGGACGGAGUUUGGUUCUCUCGCAGCUGAAUGGAGGCUGAUGGUCGUGCCCGCACAGAUGUCAACUGUCGCCACCGCCGUCGAGCGCGUCACUCGCAAGUCCAGAAACUGACUCGCGUCCUCCGCGGACACCGAUAAUGCAGCUGUACUCAUGAGAGAUGUUCGAAAGUUUUUUUUUAAAUGAAUUAGUUCCCCACGAGCGCGGCCAUACGCUACCGUGAUGGAGUCUAUCUUAGACACUUUGACGGCCGAUAAAUUCUACCCACCCGGAGGGACCAACCUUUUGGACCUGGAAGAACUCAACGACGGAGAUUUUCUCACUAAUGUGCCUUUCUCAGGUGACCAGAUGGACGACUUCAGCAGUGAAUUAUUCAGCAGUUUCUUUGAAGACCACUUGUUAGAGCGCCCCCUUCUGGCAGACAGAAAUUCUUUCCUCCACAUGGACAUAGACAGCAGUCCAGACAUACAAGUAGAACACAGCUACUCUUUGAGUGAAGACUCUGCCCCCCAGAGCCCCGCCCUGUCUGUCAAGAUGGACCAAGACUCUGAAUUUGAAUGGAGCUUUAGUCAGGACCUAUCGAGCAUCCUAGUGAAACAGGAGGAGCCGGAUGUGGCUCAAAGGUCAGAUCCCAUGGAAGGCCCGUCUCUUAUCCUAAGCCCCGCCCCUGCGCGGAGAGGGUCGCUAUGGAGACACACAGUGCGCCCUCCAGAUGAUGUUAAGCCUGUGGCUAUUAAAGAUGAGCCCAGAGAGAUGGGACAGUACCUCUGUCUGCCCACCGAUGAUGCCCUGCAGCUUCCACCCACGCCGCCCAGCAGCAACCACGGCGACAGUGACGGCUCCCUACCACCGUCCUCCCCGCACCUCGCUCUGCCUCCAUCUUCUCCGCAGCCACAACAGAGGCCAACGGGCCGAGGCUCCGGUUCCUCCUCCUCGUCCACAGCCAUCUCGUCUUCACCUCUACUAACUGCGCCACACAAACUGCAGGGUACUGGUCCCCUUUUGCUGACAGACGAAGAGAAGCGGACCCUCGUUGCUGAGGGAUACCCUGUACCCAACAAACUUCCUCUCACCAAGAGUGAAGAGAAGGCUCUGAAGAGAGUUAGACGCAAGAUUAAAAAUAAGAUCUCAGCUCAGGAGAGUCGGCGAAAGAAGAAAGAGUAUGUGGAAUGUCUGGAGAAAAAGGUGGAGAACUACACAUCGGAAAAUAGUGACCUGUGGAGAAAAGUGGACAACCUGGAGACAGCCAACAGAACACUUCUCCAGCAACUCCAAAAACUCCAAUCGCUUAUUUCAGGGAAAGUUGUCCCGCGUGCUUGUAAAAUGGCCUCAACUCAAACAGGGACGUGCCUCAUGAUGAUGGCAUUGUGCUUUGUCCUGGUGUUGGGCUCCUUUUCUCCUUGCCUCUCCCCCCUCUCCUUGGUCACUCACGCCUCUUCUUCCCCCGUGCAUACUUCUUCUCCUCCCUCCCCCCAGUCAGAAGACCUGUACACCACCACUCAGGUCCGCUCUCGCAGCCUUCUCUUCUUCGACGAAGGCUCUCCACUGGAGGAAACCCCUACAACGUUAUUAGUGGAGAGGCUGCGGUCACAAAAACACAUCCAGACAAGCCGCCACACAGCUGAUGUCCACAAAAAACAGACAAAGGCGCCCGAGUCGGACCACAGAGAAACUAAACCAAAUGACAGUUCAGGAUUCUUCUGACAGCUUAAACCGCCCUCCCGUCGCCAACUGGACCUCCCUCAAGUUUCACGGUGGCCCCCCUCCUAGCCACCAUGGCACAUAUUAUAUACAGAAUAUACAUACACAUACUGUAGGUCUCUCAUUGUCACGUGGAAUUAUUGACCUCAUAGAGCGCACUCCUACACAUUGACCUCCAGCGCUGAUUUCUACUUCACCCCGUGCACUGUACUGGUGUCUUUAGUGUUGCUGCUAAUGUUUCAAAGCAAACAAGACUCGUGUCCUCCUACACAGGAAGCCUUUCAAGUGCCUUCCACUUGGCCUUAAAGUAUGAUAGACUCAAGAGUGCAAAUUUAACACUCACAAAUUGAAUGUCUUUAUCAGUUUGACACCUCACAUCAAUUCAUUUAUGUCUCUGAAAGGUCGGUUGUGAGGUCAAACUGCAUUUCUACUUAACCAGAAUUCACCCAUUCACUUUACAACCCCCCCACAAAUUUCUCAUCUGUAUUUUCCUAUGGAAGAGUUCUAAGAGGAGGGCAGGAAACAUGACAAAGUAUUUUUAUGAAAUUAAAAAUUGUGUGUAUAUAAUAUAUAUAUAGUUGCAGCAUCAAAAAUGAGCAUAUUUAAAUUAUGCAACAAAAAUAUUAAAUGUACUAUUUUAAAGUUUAGUUUAUACAUUAUUGCCUCGUUUUAUUUUCUAAAUAAUGUUUUAAAAAGUAUAAAAAUUACUAUUGCUUCAUAAUAUAUUCCAAGCAUAAAAAAGAGCAUUUAUUUUAUGCGACAAAAAAAGGAAAGAUGUGUUGACCAUUGGGAUUGUGUAAAGAUUUAGAUCAUGUGUAAGUUUGUUUAUUGCUCCGUGGCCAUCCACCUUGGGGUUUGUGUCUUUUAGCUGUAAUUAUGUUUUAUGUUUCACUGUCGUUCAUCAAAAAUAACCUUUUUUUCCCCCUUCAAAUGCAAGCAACUGUGAAAUCAGGGCAAAAGUAAACUUUGAUUGACUCCACUUUACCACACACUGGGUUUAAAACAUGUUGGCAAUAAAGUAAAAUGCUUGUGUGUGCGUAUUUAUUGCUGUUUUUAGAAAGUGUGUACAUAUCAAAUUCCAUUCCCAGAUGUGAAAGACCACUACUAUCUUCAAAAGAACUUAAAAAGAUCUUGUUCUAUUCAUGUGAAAAAUUCAGUGCAGUCUUGAGAUGCCUUUAAUUGACAAUUGGAAUAAUCUGUCUCUGUAUCCAUCCGUUGUAUUUAGUGUGAUCUACCCACAAAAUGCUAUUUUGUCAUGCUUGUAAUGUCAACGUCAAUGCAUUUGUGUACAUAAAUGAUGUGCCAUUGUGAAUGCGGGCCUAAUUAGUGGAUUGCAGUGUCAUUGCCUGUGGAAAUGCAUUACAAAGUCUUUUAAUGGGAGGGGAUGGAUGGAUGGAUGGCUGGAGGGAGGAUUUGGUCACUUUUUCCAAACCUGGACAACAAGGAAACUAAAUUGUUUGGGAAAGCUGGGUCACAAAUACUUGAGGAAGUAAAUCAAGUAAUGUUCACAGAAGAUUCUUGUUGUUUUUGUACAGCGUGUUGCAUGUUCCUUUAUAUAUGCCUGAUAUAUUAGUGUAGUCAGUAGAUUAGAAACCAGCAAAAUAUUAAAAAUCUGCAUCAGCA